AUGAUUGAGAGCCAAAGUCCAUGGGGCAUGGAAUUUUCCAAGGGCGAACAAAAUACCCAGCAGCGGCGAACUAUGGCAUUCAAGAGACGAAAGAGGCUUACCCUGUCAUGCACAGAGUGUCGUAGGAGGAAGCAAAAGUGCGACCGUGUAUUGCCCUGCACCAACUGCCGUGUCAGAAGCUGCGAGUCCAUAUGCUCCUACGAGCUCCAGGCGCAGGAUGCGCCACGGAGCAAAAACAGCCUUUUGGCCAGCAGACCUCCGGCGCUGCUGUCCUCUUACGCCAUCACGCCAUGCUCAGCACCGUCCAGGAUCUCGCUCCCCCGUAUGACCACGGCGCUCGGCUACGGGCUGACUGCUGCUCCCACCGUGUCCAUCCUGACGCGGCUGGACGUGGCGCCUCGCACCUGGGGCGAGCGGCCCCAGGCCGUCACGAUCCGGACCUCGCACGCAGACUCGCUGCCCGACUUUGCCGAGUACAAGACUGUCAUCCGCCAGCUCCCUGCGGCCACUUUUAUCGAAAAGCUCAUGGCCAUUUUCCUGCGCGAGUUCAACUGGCAAUACUACGUCCUCGAUGCGGCCCAUUUCCGCGCGCAAUUCCGGGAAUGGAACAACAUACCGUAUAGCGUCUACAGGGCAGACCACCUGCAGGGCGUUUCUCUGGACCUGGCUGUCUUCCCCGCCGUUCUGUUUCAGGUUGUUGCCGUUGCGCUGCUGAUGCUUUCAGACGAGGAGGCGGAAGAGUUCGACAGCUUGAAAUAUUCUGCCAACAUGACCCUGGCGGACCUGGCGUGCGAGUACAGUAUGAGUGGCGAAAGGGUAGUCUCGAUGUUUAGCAAGAGAGAUUUAAGCACAACGACAGUUCAGGCCGAGUUUCUAAACGCGUGUUUCUUCAAGUUGACUGCCAGAGUGGCAGAGUCGUGGCACAUGCUUGGGGUGGCCAUUAAAGAUGCUCAAGAACUGGGCAUGCACCGUGAUGGCGUCGAUACUGCGCCGGUACACACGAAACUCGAUGAUCAAUGGCACCUCGAAAGGCGACGCAGGCUAUACAUGAUUCUGUCGAUAUGGGAUAUUCACAUGUGCCUAGUCCUGGGCCGACCCGGAACCAUCGAUUGGCGUCACGGCUCUCCAACCCUCCCUACCGAUGUUUGCGCUGCCGACACGGCUCGCACACCCCCCUUAGUUCCUCGAAACCCAGACACAGACCCCCCGACGCCUCUGACCCGCUUCCUAUGGCAGUACGAACUAACCUGCGCCUUGCGAGACAUUCAGGACCUGGAGCACGUGGAGAUGUUUCCGGGAGACGUCAGCCGGGUCGACAAGCUCCACGGAAAAUUGGUGCGCCUGUACCAGUCGACGCCUCCGAUCUUCAGGAUGGAGAAUCCAGACACGAGAUGGGAUGCCCACGACGGCGUGGCGCCAUGGAUACAGUGGACACGCUACUACUUUUGCAUAUUCCAUUGUUUUAGCCUCAUGAUCCUGCACAGGCCCUACGUCUUUCACCGGAAGGAAAGCCGGGCAGAGGCGCUACGUGCAAGCCUAGCACUGCUCGACACACAGAGACUCAUGUUUGAAGGCCAGCCCUCGGCAACUUGGAAAAACUUUGUGCUGUUUUACGGCGCUUUCGAUGCCGUCAUCCUCAUAUCCUCGAUAUACAUCUUCUUCCCGCAGGAGCACCCGCAGCUCCCGCACGUCUCGGGCCAGCAUCUGCAGUGGGCCAUUGAGCGUUUCGCGACGAUGCAGUCCCGAAAUCCUCUGGCCAAAUCCGCCGAUACUGUGCUUCGCGCCGUUUUCGACCGGAUAUCUAGAAUGGCGGAUUCUAGAACCUUUGAUGCGGAUUCAGAGGCGACAGCAUGCUCCUCGCCCGAGUCCUCUUCUGUAGAGACGUCUGGCUCGGAGCUAGACAUGGACUCGGGACAGUUUGUACAGCCGAUGGAGACUCAUGGGAUACCGCCAGGCGAGCCGGGAGACCAUUUCGAAGCUGUUCUCGGGCACGAUACGGUCUGGCACUUUUCGAACCUGUUUCCGCAGUAA